UUAGCAAGUAAUUAGCUAGAGACACAUUUAGGUAGAUAAAUUGCCUUCAGACUUAGCUCCUGCUUUACAUCGGCUCCUGCUAUCAACGAUCGUGUAGUUGUACUUAGCCUAAUCAAGAUGUUGGUGUACUUAUUGGUCUUCACCCUUACCUUGACGGUACAGUGUGCAUCAGGAUACAGACUCAGUGAUAUCGGUAAGCCAUGUGACUGUGACCACGGUACUGAACCAGACGACGGUUUGCCCGGAGAUCAACCACCUCCAGAAUUUCUUAUUGAUCCGGCUUUCAGCAAAGACCCAAUUGAUUGGUUCGAGAAUUCCAGAAACUAUCCCGUGGGUCGUGAUUUCCCUCAAGGCCCCAGAGACCCAGCCACGGGUCUGCUAGCUAGUCUGGGGAACAUACUGACGUCCCUAGGCGCUCAGCCAGACGACGGAAAGGUACCGGUGGAGGAGUUCUUUACCAAGGAGCAGUACAACCCAUUGCAGGGCCGGCAAUUCCGGGAUUCCGGCUUUGACCUCGGCGACUUCCACGCCCACGUAGACAUCGAUGGUCACGCGAAGCCCAAGUUGUAUCAGACGAUUAACAUCAACGUGUACCAACAGCCCAAGUGUGGUGGGUGCGCACGCAAGCCAGCAUGUGAGCCAGAACCAGCACCAGCACCAGAACCAGCACCAGAACCAGAACCAGCACCACAGCCAACACCAGAGCCGGAGCCGAUCUGCAUCAGUAAAGUCAAGGCAGACUUUGUGCUGUUGAUGGACGCCUCGACCAGCGUGGGACCAAAAGACUGGAAGAAACAGGUCGAGUUCGCCGCGGGGCUGACGGAAGCUUUCAGUCCCGACAAGGACGAUGUCAGGUUCGGUGCUGUCAUCUUCAACAAGGAGCCCAGUAAGAUUUUUGACCUGAACACCUUCACGGAAAGUCAGGCUCUGUCACAGGCCCUGAAAGACAUCAAGUACCCAAACAACCAAGGCACCAACACACACCUGGGUCUGAGUGAGAUUUUAACACAGAGGAUGUUCAGUGCUGAGGCUGGGGGUCGGGACGACGCCCCUAACCUGGUCAUUGUCAUAACAGACGGCAAGUCAACACACCACAGCCUGACUGUCAAGGCGGCGACAGAGCUGAAAGCCAGCGGGGUACAGAUAAUAUCUGUUGGGGUCGGCAAAGAGCCCACGAAACAAGAGCUGGAGGACAUUGCAAGUGACAAGAGCUUCGUCUUCACUGUGGACAAUUAUGGUCUACUGGACCACAUCAAGACAGGUCUGGUCACCAUCACCUGCUCAGCAACUACUGCCCCACCAACUCAAGGACCGACAACAACAACGACGGAAGAGCCAACCACAACGACAGAAGAGCCAGCCACAACGACAGAAGAGCCAGCCACAACGACGGAAGAACCAACCACUACUACAGAAGAGCCAACCACAACAACGGAAGAGCCAACCACAACGACGGAAGAGCCAACGACAACUACAGAAGAGCCAACAACAACGACAGAAGAGCCAACCACAACGACGGAAGAGCCAGCGACAACUACAGAAGAGCCAACAACAACGACAGAAGAGCCAACCACAACGACGGAAGAGCCAGCGACAACUACAGAAGAGCCAACAACAACGACAGAAGAGCCAACCACAACGACGGAAGAGCCAACUACAACUACAGAAGAGCCAACAACAACGACAGAAGAGCCAACCACAACGACAGAAGAGCCAACCACAACUACAGAGGAGCCAACAACAACGACGGAAGAGCCAACAACAACGACGGAAGAGCCAACGACAACGACGGAAGAACCAACCACUACUACAGAAGAGCCAACCACAACGACGGAAGAGCCAACCACAACGACAGAAGAGCCAACCACACCCACGACCACAACCACGACUACAACUACGACAACGACAACAAAACCAACAACCCCCACAAGACCCCCCUACCCACCCUCCACCCCUGAACCAUGCAAAGAGAACACAAAGGCAGACAUUGUCCUUCUGCUUGACGCCUCCACCAGCAUCGGGUGGAAGAACUGGAAAUACCAGACCCAGAUGGCUUCCAACAUCACCAAAUAUUUUGACGUUGGUGCUGACAAAGUCAGGUUCGCUACGACCAUCUUCAACGGGAUCCCGACCAAACAGUUCGACUUGAAAGACCACUUGGACCAUGAAUCGCUGUCGAAAGCUUUACUAGCAAUAGCAUACCCCGGUAUCCCAGGGACCAAGACCCACCUAGCCCUACAGGACAUCACUAACAAAAGCAUGUUUGGUGCUGAGGCUGGUGGUAGAGACGACGCCCCCGAUAUUCUAAUUGUCAUGACCGACGGGAAAUCUGACAACACCAAUAAAACUAUGGCCGAGGCAGCCAAACUGAAGCUAACUGGUAUGACCAUUAUAGCUGUGGGGAUAGGUCCUGACCCAUCACAAGAGGAACUCAAAACGAUCGCCAGUGCUCCGGAGAACGUCUUCAACGCUGCCAGCUACGAUCUACUGGCCUACAUCAUGCAGUCGCUGGUUAGGAAGACGUGUGACACGGCGAAGUCAGCAGCUGCUCCAGGACAGCGAUAAGGGAUAAUGACGUCAUCGUCGGCAUAGAGUUGAUUAAACCAUACAAUUCAAAUAAACUUGCUUUUUUAAAAA